GCGAAUCCUAUGCAGUAGAAGUGCGGGACCUAUUUUCUAGAAUACUAUUUGAGGACAUUUCCACCUUCAACCGGUUUACUUGAUACGAUGAUGAAUCGGAGGUUUUCAGAAAUUCAGUACGGAGCCAGAUAGAUCCAAUGUACCUAUGCCUGUCAUUCUGCAAUCCAAGUUAAACAUUCUCGGGGUAGCUUAUGGUUUCGUCGAUUAGUUGAAGCACAGGUCAAAAGGAAGAAAGAUUAUGAAGCAUAGCCCUCUAUUUUCAAACUGCUUGCUCUACAGAUUUCUAAGAUUAAAGUCCGCCCGUUGCCAUGGAAGUUUAUACUCUGACAGCGUAAGUAUUUCUGUCCUGCAGUGUAACGAUACCAUGGGUGUAUUGGAGGAAGAAGUUUAUCGAAGGAGGGUACAAGGGAUUGGGUCUUGAGUCAAGGCUAGUGGAAAUCGACGGUGGUGCGACAACUAUACACUGCUGGGUUCCACGUGAAACUCCAGCAUCUGCACGAAAGCCUGCACUAAUGCUCAUACAAGGCUUUGGAAUGGAUGGCACGAUGGGCUGGGACAGACAAGUCCACGCGUUUUCUAAUGACUUCAAUGUGUAUGUCCCAGAUCUUUUAUUCUUUGGUAAAUCAUACACCACUCGUUCGGAGAGAUCAGAAAUCUUCCAGGCUGAUUGUUUGAAGAAAAUGCUGGAUGUGCUCAAGGUGGAUCGCGUCGAUCUAGUAGGAACGAGCUACGGGGGGAUGGUGGCAUACCGCCUGGCCUCGGUGUAUCCUGAACUCGUGAACAAAGUGGUUGUGGCCAGUUCAGGGGUGAUGAUGACUCAUAAAACAAACGAGAGACUGUAUAAGCUAACGAAAGUCAAUUCUGUGAAGAAACUCCUUGUACCAAAUGAUCUCGAGGGCAUGAGGCGGGGCUUGUCCACAGCCACUGUAUGGAGGAUUGACUUGGUUCCUUCCUUCGUGCUCGAAGACAUGUUCCAGAAUUUUUACCGAAGGAACCGGAAAGAAAAGGAGGAAUUAUUAGACGGGAUGAUAAUUGGUUCGGUUGGCGCCCCUCCCCUUCCGGCUAUUGACAAGAAAGUCUUCAUCUUGUGGGGUACUGAGGAUAAAAUUUUUGAUCCCGAUCUUGCCCAUCAGUUGAAACGGCAUCUGGGCGAAUCAGCAGAAUUAGAGUUCAUCGAAGGUGCUGGGCAUGUUCCUCAGAUCGAAAAACCUGGACAGUUCAAUUCUCGUGUCCUGAGAUUUCUCCUCAGUUGAGGUUGAUAAGGACACAGUCUGUCAGACAUGUACACUUCAGGGAAAAGCGAAUCAUGUCCAUAGACCUCUUGUAAUACACAUGUAGUACUAAACCAUUCUUUACUAUUCGAACUCUUCUAGCAUUACAAACUGAAGUAGCCAUGUAGUUGCACCCACAUUUAUGUAGGUAAAGAUGCAGGAGUUUGUGAAAGUAGCAGUCAACACAGUAGGAAAAGUACUGGAAAUGUCUGUACUUCUAGCUCUUGUCGGAAUAAAGACAUCGUCGUUUAUAUAUGCAAUGCACAAGAUGUUCAAACCGGACUCGGGCUGAACAUCUGCCCAAAGCUUACAACACAGGAAGUGGCUGAUGAGGAUAAUUUGGUAGUUCCACCUGGAUCGGAUCUCCAGGGCGUACUUCAGCUCCUCUGACGACAAUCGACAUUACUCCCGCCCUGGGCAUGACGUUCCCAUUGUGAUCAUAAGGCUGCACGGCCUUCAGCAGACCACUGUGAAUUUUGUUCAGCUUGGCGCAUGUACUGCGGAGACCUGUGAGCUCAACAACGGCGGUAGAUCCAAUUUUCAAUCGCGUUCCCAGCGGAAGUGAAAUAAUGUCCACUCCCCGAAUGGUGAUGUUCUCUCCCAUUUGUCCUGGCGCCACAUUCAGCCCAGCAGACUGCAACUCAUCAUGCAAUUCCGCCUGAAUAAUGUGCACCUGGCGUAGAUUGGGUUGGCUCGCAUCUAUUUUCUUGUGGUGAACAUGCUGCACAUACUUCCCGCAGUGAGCAUCUCCUGCAACCCCCUCACCUGUCAGAAGCCGAAUGCUGUACUGACUACCUUUGCUGAACGUAUGAUCCUGGCUGAGGCAAACAGCGGUUACAGAAGCUCCCAUUUCUUACGAGCAGACUGGCAGAAGUUUCUACGAAUGAAUCUGAAAUCGGUGUGUUCUCCUCCUCUAUUUGAGCUCGAGAUUACUUGCAGACAGGGUCAAAAAAGACAGUCUGAUGGUACGUCGAUUCCCUGUACCAUCAGACUCUUCCGUAAGCCUCAAG